AUGCUUACCUCAGAAUUGGGACUCGCAGGCAUUCUUGUAAGCUUCGACUUCAUCGCUGAUAUCUACAUACAAGUGAACAAUUACGUCAUGAAGCCGCUUGAGGAAUAUAUGCUCUUCACUAAAUCAGGUGCCGAUAAUAUUACGGUAAUUCAUCCGCAAGGCUUACGCAGCGCACAAUGUAUUGCUAAAUUUGAUAUAUCAGAGCAACCAUCACAAGAACCAAUGGUCAACGUGAGUUUGAGCGCCGAAGCCUGGGUGGAAGAUCCACCGCAACGUGUACUCUACGUAGCUCAAUUUGGCUAUGACGUUUCCGAGAAGGAAGAUUCCACACAAGUGGUAUUCAUAACGUUGACUUCACUCUUUGUGAUCAUAGUAAUUUGCUGCCUCAUAGAAGUGUACCGCAGUCAUCGAGCUUAUAAGAAACGCAUCGAGCGACAAACUGACGAGGACAUCAUUUGGUCAAAGGAGCAAGCGACGAAAAUGCAUGAGUCGCCAGGGGUAACCGGCACACAAUCGUACGGCUACAAAAAGUUGCCACAAGAUGAAAAGAAGCCAGGCAAUGGAGCGCCACUUGUGGGUAUUUUGAAAAAUGGCAGCACAGCCACAACAGCAGCUGCGGCUGCAGCUGCAACAACGCCGCCGGCCAAGGAGAAUGGAAGUACGAAGAAAAACGGCGAUAUACCACUGGGUCAUAUUGAUGCACGCAUCGAUGAAGAGGAAGAAGACGAUGAUGAUGAUGACAAUGAAGGCGACGAUUUGGUCAGUGCGGCGAACAAAAAAGCGGAAGUGGACAAGAGCUUAGACGAAGCUUUGGAAGCAGAACAGCGUGAAGAGCAGGUGGAGCAGAAAGAGAUUAGUGCGGAUGCAUCACAGAAAGGCGCUCAGGCAGCAAAUGAGGAUAAGACAAGGCAGGCAAGUGGAAAAGAAAUUAGCGCAGAUGCAACUGAAAAAUCGAAUGAAAAACCAAGCGAAGGUGGUGGUGGUGCCACCAACGAAGAAACGAAAACGAAGGAGGGUAGUAAAGAAAUUGCGGAGAAGGACAAGUCGAAUGCAACAGCAGCAACACCGAUAACAAAACAAUGCAGUGGUGCAGACGUUCAAGCAGCAAGCAAAAGCACAGCGUCGACGCCUUUAACGUCAGCGCCGCCACAUAACCCGGAGAAGGAGACUCAAACGCCAGCACAAAUAGGCGGCGAUACGGUGGGUGGCCCACAGCAGCAAGGACAGCAGUCAUCGCCUGCGACUACAAAUGGCACAACAGCCAAUGGCCAUGGCACGGUAAGCAAGCGAUAUUGUGUUGAGAAUGGUGCAGGUUUAGCGUUAAUUGGCUUAGCUCCUUUAUGUUCCAUAAACGAAACCGAUUUAUUGCUUGAAUCAGAUUGAUUUCAUUAUGUAAAUAUGUAUGCAUUAGUGGCAUUUUUUGUUAUUUGUACAUAUCACGCUUGUUUGUUUUUUUACGCUCGUAUAGAAUGCAAGUACUUGCUAAUACAAUACGUAGAUAUAC